UUUGGACUCUCCAGCUUUAGUAAAUAAACCCCUUUAUGUCAGAUGCAGCGACUGUUCCUCUAAUGUCUGUUGUCUGUCAUUAUCUAGGUGUAAAGAAGAGAACCAAAGUCAUCAAAAACAAUCCGAACCCCAUCUGGAAUGAGGGCUUUGAGUGGGACCUGAAAGGCGUUCCUCUGGAUACAAAUGCUGAACUCCAUGCUGUCGUCAAAGACCAUGAGACGAUGGGGAGAAACCGAUUCCUGGGAGAGACCCGGGUGCAGCUACGGGACUUAUUCAAUUCUGCCAACCUGACCGCCACCUAUAACUCUCCCCUAUUGGACAACAAGAAGCAGAGUACUGGGGCAACACUGACCCUCCAGAUUUCCUACUUCCCUCCUCCGGGGGCUGCACCAGCUUUCCCUCCUCCACCAUCCACUGCAAAGGAGCCCACGCCAUCCCUCAUCUCGUUCAGUACGGUGGAUACCGUCACCGACAUAGCAGAGGAAGAGGACACAGAAGACCCGAUCGGCACUGGAGAUGAAGGUGAUGCGAUGUCACUUCUGCCUGGAGCCGAGCAGCCGACUCUCCCCAAGAAAUCCCAGCAAUACCCA